AUGCCAAAUCCGUCAGUUAAGAAAUGUCACGUGUUGCUGUUCUCUGCCCUAGUGGCCAUCAAUGUUUCAGUCAUAAUGUAUUUCUACUGGAUAAACCAAGAACAAAAGCCAAUGGUUAUGGUGGCCCGACGUUACGAUUCCGCAAUUGAAGCACCAGUGACGCUGUUUAUGAGGAUGACUGGAUUACACAUCAAGCGAUUUUACUGUGACUUCCUCAGGACAGCCGUAUUGUUUUGGCCUGCUUCGUAUGGAAAACUCGUCCUGGUAUUCGACCAGGAAUCGCUGCUGGAUCACAAACUAGUAAAAAUCAUACAGAGACACUUUGAUCAAUUCUUCCCAGAUCGCAAACUUGAAAUACUCUACGAGCCUCUUCCGAUGAACCAUGAAACGCUCUUGGAGCGUCCUUGGCGCGGGUCAGGCUAUAAUCGUCAAAUUUGGAGCAGCUUUUUUAAUGAUUUAUACACGAACGACCCAGUCAUUGCAUGGGUGGAUUCUGACAGUGCAUUUUGCACCUCGGUGACGAGAAAUUCCAUGUACAACGGUACACGAUUGAGAGUGGUUGGAACUGAUUGCCCAGCAGUGCGCAAUAGAAUUUCCCUCAAGAACACGGAGAUCUUCAUUGGCCUACCGGCUGUAGCCGACUUCAUGCUGCAUUUUCCAAUAUACAUAUAUCGUGAUACGUUUGCUAACUGUAGGGAAUACUUACUGCGGAGAUAUAAAGCACGCAACUUUGAGGAGGUCUACAGGAAUAUUAGUGCUUACGGUCCUAUUUUCCCCGUUACGAUUGUUCUCAACUACGCAUGGCACUUCGAGAGAGACCGCUACGACUGGAGUCUCAAGAUUUGCUCCGCACCUCUCGAUGAAUACAACAAACGCUUUCAGCCUAGCGCGACUAUCAGGCCCUACGACAUACAACCUGUCAUGGCAGCCCCUCAAGCAAGCGUUCAUACUCCUAAUCCUGGGACAGCGUAUCGUUCGGCUCAGUUAAUUCUAGCCAGUUACUGUUUGUCGCACAAAGCGGCAGGACACAAUCUAACAUUUUGCACAGGCAAACGCGACCUUCCUCUGAGCAAUAACCUUAUUCUUUUGAAAUAUGCAAGAGCACCGGUAACGUGCAAUGGGAGCUUGACAUUCACUUGUCUGGAUGUUCUGCAGCGUCAUCACAAUCUAGUGGGCUCUGAGAUUCUAGAAAACAAGCGAAGGUUGGAAUGGAGCGACUUGGAAAUUGUUGAAAAACUUGUGAAGGAAAUGAACGCUACGUGUCCUGUUCUUUACAACGGGAGCCCUAGGGGGAGAAUUCCUAUUGUAUAA